CUCGUCGUUUGCCACUGGGCUUUGCAGUCUCUUGGUGUCCUCAGUCCACACAAGGAGCCUGCAUGGGCAAUCUCCUCUAUGCUUUCAGGAGCAGGUUUCUUGCCAUGGAGGCCACAUUCUGAGUUGAAGAAUAUAAAAGUAACCAUUUGUUUUUAUUUUCAAAGAUCUGCCCAAAAGAUAGGCUGUUGCUCUUCUUCUGGAAAAGCCUGAUUGGUAGGAUUCCUCCAAGGGCUCAGCCCAGAGUGCUUUAUCCCAUUCCCUCACCAACUUCAAAACAAAAGCUUGCCAAGAACCACUGGAGGAAAACCUGCCGGCUUCCAUCAUUUCUCACAAAUGGCUAAUUCUGGAGGUGGUGCUGUGUGCAAUGGGAGUCUUCACAAUCACUGGAAACAGAGUGACGGCUCGCAAAGUGGAAACUGCACACAGAAUGGGACAGUGAAAGAAGCCCAGCAAAAUGGGAAGCCACAUUUUUAUGAUAAGCCACUUGUUGAAUUCUUUGAAGAAGCACCUCUUCAUGUUAUGGUUUUCACUUACAUGGGAUAUGGAAUUGGAACCCUAUUUGGCUAUCUCAGAGACUUUAUGAGAAACUGGGGAAUAGAAAAAUGCAACGCAGCUGUAGAACGAGAAGAACAAAAAGAUUUUGUGCCACUGUAUCAAAACUUUGAGAAUUUUUACACACGGAACCUUUACAUGAGAAUCAGAGACAAUUGGAACCGGCCCAUCUGCAGUGCCCCAGGGGCUCUGUUUGACGUGAUGGAGAGGGUGUCGGACGACUACAACUGGACAUUUAGGUAUACUGGAAGAAUCAUUGAAGAUGUCAUCAACAUGGGCUCCUAUAACUUCCUUGGUAUGGCAGCCAGAUACGAUGAAUCUAUGAGGACAGUAAAGGAAGUCUUAGAGGCAUAUGGUGUAGGUGUGGCCAGCACCAGACAUGAAAUGGGAACCUUGGAUAAGCAUAAAGAGUUGGAGGAGCUCGUGGCUAAGUUCCUGAAUGUAGAAGCAGCUAUGGUCUUUGGGAUGGGAUUUGCAACUAACUCGAUGAAUAUCCCUGCACUAGUUGGAAAGGGAUGCCUCAUUUUAAGUGAUGAGUUAAACCAUGCAUCUCUCGUGCUUGGGGCCCGACUCUCAGGUGCAACUAUAAGGAUCUUCAAACACAACAACAUGCAAAGCCUAGAGAAACUCCUGAGAGAAGCUGUAAUCUACGGCCAGCCUCGAACCCGCAGAGCUUGGAAAAAGAUUCUUAUCCUGGUAGAAGGCAUCUACAGCAUGGAAGGUUCCAUCGUGCGUCUGCCCCAGAUCGUGGCUCUAAAGAAGAAAUACAAGGCUUAUCUCUACAUAGAUGAAGCUCACAGUAUUGGGUCCGUGGGCCCAACCGGCCGGGGUGUCGUGGAAUUUUUUGGAAUGGACCCUGGAGAUGUUGAUGUGUACAUGGGCACGUUCACCAAAAGCUUUGGAUCCUCAGGAGGUUAUAUAGCUGGAAGGAAGGACCUUGUGGAUUACUUACGGAUUCACUCACAUAGUGCUGCUUAUGCUGUAGCCAUGAGCCCCCCGAUAGCAGAGCAAGUCAUCAGAUCAAUGAAAUUCAUCAUGGGACUGGAUGGGACCACACAAGGGUUGCAGAGAGUACGGCAACUUGCAAAAAACACAAGAUACUUCAGACACAGACUGAAUGAAAUGGGAUUCAUUAUCUAUGGCAAUGAGGACUCUCCUGUUAUUCCCCUGCUCCUUUACAUGCCUGCUAAAGUAGCGGCUUUUGCAAGGCAUCUAUUAAAGAGAAAAAUUGGGGUGGUGGUCGUUGGAUUUCCAGCUACUCCCCUUGCAGAGGCUCGGGCUCGGUUUUGUAUUUCAGCAGCACAUACCCGGGAGCAGUUAGAUGCGGUUUUGGAAGCUCUGGAUGAGAUGGGUGAUCUCCUACAACUGAAAUAUUCCCGGCACAGGAAGUCAGCACGCCCUGAACUCUAUGAUGAGACAAGCUUUGAACUUGACGAUUAAGUGUCCUGGUCCUGAAUGGAACCUAAAGAUUUUGCCAGAAAGACUUCCCUCUUUGCCUCAGAAGGAAUAUAAAUGGAUUUCUCCCCCUUUCUAAAGAUAAUUUUGGUUUCCGCACCAGCUUCAUUGAACUCAGGAAGAUGUCGUUGCGUUUUCAAUGUCUCCAACUCAGGACCGUGUAGACAAAAAGAUGGCUCCAGAUUUUAAGUUUCCCCUCUCCCAAGUAUCCUACUAGAAAUACACACACACACUUCUAAGAAUAUUUUUAAUGGCAAUGAGCCUGUGUUUUAGCUGCUACUGUGCAGCCUCUUUGGUCCAGGCCCUUUCAGGAGUUCCAACCAAAUGAAAGGGUUUUGAUUGCUUAUUCAGUAGAUCUCACGAUGUGUUUACAGAUUUCAUCUGCAGACAUGGCAAGAGUGGUGGGCAGUAGCUGACCUCCUUGUUCCACCCAUGAAAGCACUAGCUAGAACUCAUCCGCAUCAUGCGAAGUUCCAGGCAGGAGGGUAAAGAAAUGUUGCUUCCACCAUUUGCCACAUUUGGACUUUUUCCAAGGACCAGUGUCAAAAGCCAUAGUUAAUGUUUUGAGGGAGACAGCAGAACUGGCCAGCAGUGACUAGAGACGUCUUUGAAGGAAACUUUCCUUUUUCUCUUGCUGGUCUCUUACAGUUUUACAGCUGAGCUUUUGAGGAUUGGAAAAUUCAAGACGUUUGUUUCAUAAGCAAGAGGGCAGAAAGCAAGCACAAGCCAAUUUUAGGCCUCGACUAAAAUUGUAAAGUUAUAACAAUUUGAAUGUUGUUGGUGCCAUAAAGAGUGAAUGUUUAACAUGCAUAGCCUUUAUUACUUCAUGGAAUGAAUUGUCAUCUUCUUAUUGAAUUUUGAGUAAAUGGUAAGAUUCAAUUUCAUUUAGAGUUGACUCCCAAGACUAAACUUGAAGAAUGUACUGAUUCAAAAACAACAUUUAAAAGCAAAUUCUAUUCAACUUUUUCAAGACUGACACCUCCAUUCAUGGCUAUUAAACGGUACUGUCAUCUGGCAAUGCACUCCAAUUUGGUGCAAAGUGGGCUUGCACACUAUUAGACAACUAACUGUAAUUUACUUGUGUUCUCUGUCUCUCUGUCUCUCUCUGUCUCUGUCUCUCUGUCUCUCUAAAUGUGAACACAGACUUCUCUGAAUAGUACUGUUUUGCUAAUUGGAUCUAGUUGGUAUGGAAAAAGCUGGUGGAAAACCUUAUCUUUAACAAGUUCCCAGAUGAUGCCCAGAUUUGGAAACUCCAAAGAGCAGUGGUGACCUUUUAGCAAAGCUUUUGUAAUAGUUUGAAUGAGUUACAGAACAUUCCACUCCACCAAAUGAAACUAGAAACAAAUCACUUCAAGAGAAGGUUGACUUGGUGUGACACAGAUGGACCCAAGCUUUCAUGCUGUGCACCGAGAGAGAAACUCAACCCGAAGCACCAGUGUUGGAUGGAGUAAUAUGUCCUGCUGCUCAGAGCUUAUUAAAGGAUAAAAGUGAUCAGUGUGGACAGCUUUCUUCAGGAAAAUUAUAAGCCCUAGUGGGUAUAUCAUUUUAAACUGGAUCACAAUGAUAAAGUUCUUCAUGAGCUUUUGUAAGGAAUACUACUAGCGGAAGAGGCGAGGAAGUGGGUUCUGAAAAUGCAGCUGCCGCAUCCAAUGACUGAUUUUGAUAACUAAAUUCCAACUCUCCUCAAUGAUGCGAAGAGGUGCAGCAUUACUUGUGCAAAAGAAUAUAUGUUGUAUAAAUGUGCAGAGAAAAGGAAGACACAUAGGUCUUUUCUCUUGGAAAUAUGCAUUUAAAUGAAAUUGAUCCUAGUUAAUUGUCCAAAAUGCAUGAAGGCCUUCAGUCCUAUAAAAGAAACAGGAGAAAAAGAAGACAGGGGAACAUCUGAGCAAGCAAUAAACAUCCCCUUCCAUUCUGAAUGUCUGUGAUCUUCACACAUACCUUCACAUCCAUUGUUUGAGUUUUAAACCUCUAGAGGGAUGUCUUCAUGAGCAGGAAUGUCUACCAUUAUUACUUUUAUAAAAGAGCUUGAGUCUAACUUGUGAUAGGAAAUUAAUUACUUACCUACUUGGCAUGGGAGGCAGGGAGGAGGUUAAUCCCUUUUCAUUAAGAUCCAAGAGUCCUGGGGCAACUUAUUACAUUCUCGAGUACAAGAUAAAAGACCUAUCUCUGUCAGAGUCUAUGUUGAACACACACAUAUGAGAACAACUGUAAUCCAAGUGGAAUGUUUCCUGAGCACAUUAGGAGGGACCUAGGUCCCUUGGGCUGGUAAAAUAAGAGUAUAUGUCAUACAGAAUGAGGUUGGUUAAAAGGAUAAUUGUGAAUACUGACAAUUUUUAAUUUUUAUAAGAAAAAGUCUUCUACUGCUAAGUUAGUAAGACCAUGAUUUCAAUUCAAUAGGGAUUACUGAGUCUCAAUCACUAUACCAGAGCCAAAAAUGUCUCUUUGCUUGGUUCUGUUGGGAAAGAAAUUUUUCUAACAGAACUAUAACGUUAUGCACCCCCAACCCUCCCAUUUGCACACACAUACACACACACACUUUUCUCUUCCUUUACGGGGCAUGCAAGAGUAUAAACGUAUACAGAUGAGAAUCUGAUUGGUUGAUAGAUGGAUGGAAGGUCUUGUUCUAAAAAUGACCUUCAGGGAAGCAGAAGAUAAAAGAUCCAGUCAUAUUUGUAAGGAUUUGUAAGCAUUUGCAUAAUAGAGAAAUGGUGUAGACACAAUCCUAAUCUUAUCAUGGAACUCUGGUGUCACAGAUGUUUGGCUAUAUUACCUUUCAGCAUGUUUUGGUUUAACAGAGACCAUGGGCUUCAGAAUUUACUGGGAAGGUUGUUAAAAUACAGAUCGCUGAGCCCCACACCAGACCUCCACUCAAUCAGAAGAGCUGUAGUGCCCAGAAAUCUACAUUUUAGCCAGUCUUCCUAGGGGAUUCUCAUCCAUCUCAUUAUUUGAGAACCAUUAUUGGAGCUUUUGUUUUGAUAAUCAGUUGGUUCUAAUAACAUAACAGGAACUUUGUUCUGAUUCUCUGUUGAUACUUAGGGGUGUGUAUACUGCUGAAGUGAAGUGAAUUAUUCCAGCCUUUUCUCCUCAAUAGGACAUUGUGUUCCCAUUUUCCAGGUACCUUCUCUUUCUACAGAAAUGGAUCCAAUAUUGGUGAAUAAUCUGCUGUUCAUUUGGACAAAAUUAUUCCUUCUCUAGUUCUCCUCUGUAUCAUUUCCUACAAGAUGUUUCUUUUCCUUUUCAUCACUUCUUGAAUGUGGUGUCUUGUUUCUUCUUUUUCUUCCUACCCCUUAAAAAAAAUCUUCAACCUCUGAGUAUUUAUUCCAACAACAGCUCUCAAAUAGGGUGAAAGUCUUAACAGUUCUUCAAACAUGCAAUGCACAUCUGUAUUUUUCUUCAGAGAUAGCAAAUAUUGUAAAUGGCUUACUCUGACUUAAAAGUUCUGAUGAGGAAACUUUAACUCUCUUAAAUAUGUACUUUGAUUUACGACAAUAAUUACAAUUGCAUUUUGAACUUAUCUGAUGAGUUCUUGGCAAUUUUUCCUCGUCUCAGUAAGAACAACAUAUUUGAAGUCUGUUUUCU